CACUUUUAUUUUGAAAAUCCCCACCGGAACAGCACCACUGUACCGAGGUGUUUGACUUGACAGAUGGCAGGCGGGAGACGCUCCUCUCUCGGCUGUCUCUCUCGGUCCGUUGGUCCAUCCCGGUUCCCAUUGUCUCCCCUGUUCACUCCUUGAAGACAACCCCGAGACGACCAACUAAACUUAGCCGUUUUUUUCCCGCUCACACCACCCACUAUGCUUUACGUUUGGAGACUUACCUCGACCUGAAAUUUUACCCCUUCCCUCUGUGUAUGAAAUUUGGGCAUGCUCUUCUGUUUUCUUGUUUUUGUUUUUUGUUUUUUAAAAAAAAAACAUUGUAUAAACGCAUUGGCAGUAACGGAGACAGCACCGACUGAAGCGACCAUCGACUGACGGGCUUGACAAGACGGCAGUUGUGUCAUGGAUCUGAUGGGGAGAUGAACCGAAGGAGGAGGAGGACUCAUUAGCCAAAAAGCGCCCCCCGAAAUCAGCUUCCAGCGGCUGUUGACACCUUACAACAUUUUUAUCAAUGACCGUUUUCUCACUGGAUAAAACACCACAGCUAUCGGAAGAUAUAAGACAGGUUUGGGACCCAAGUGUUGGAGAUUUGAAAUAAAUAAAUAUAUAAAUAAAUAAAACGCGGUGUUUGGUGAAGGAUGUUGCCGCUACAUGUCCGUUACUUCCCCUGAGAGGAGAGGAGCUCGCCUGUGUGAAAAGAGGCAGGGACCACUUUCACUUGUUUUCUCCACCCUACAACAAAUUAGGCUGUUUCACUCACACGAAUGCAAGUGGCUCUUAAUCGGAUUACUAAACGAGGGAUUUAAUCUGGAGGGGAAUACAUCCAUCUAAUCUCACCGUCUCCCUUUCCCCCCAGCCCAUCAGUGUCUUUAAGUGGCUGCUGCUUGUGUGCUGGACUGUGUCACUUCGAGUGUGUUCAUUGUGAUGAUGAUGGUGAUGAUGAUGAUGAUCGAGGUGAUCGCAGGUGAUGUCUGGACAAGUGCAAACUGUGUAGAAAUCACUGGAAAGUCGCUGUAAUCUCUGCUGGAUGAAUGAAUGAAGGCGCUUCGUUUGUGCCACAUGUGUUGAAAUGCAGCUGAUUUAGCAGGCUACGAAAGUGCCCUCAGUUGCUGAGGCUUGGAGAGGGUUUAUCUACAUAUCCAGCUCUGUGGACUUGAAUCAUCCCCCUCCCCAAAGGACGUACUGUUACGGGCUUAAGUAGUUGCCUUUCAUUCCCUUGAGCUCCAGAGAGUACGAGGGGAGCUGGUACCCUGUCCUCUGAGCCUGAGAAGGGAGUGCUUCUACCUGGGCUGGAGGCCAGCCAGACGGCCCUUUGGGAGCUUUUGGAUUUUGAAGGAGAGAUCUUGGGGAGUUUCUGCUCCACGUGGACCUCUAGAGAGAGCCAGGAGGACAUCAUGGGGUGCUGCAGUGGCAGGUGCACCUUGGCCUUCAUCUGUGGCAUGCAGCUGGUCAGUGUGCUGGAGCGCCAGGUGAUAGAUUUCCUGGGAUACCAGUGGGCUCCCAUCCUGACCAACUUCCUGCACAUCAUUGUUGUCAUCCUGGGCCUUUUUGGCACCAUUCAGUUCAGACCGAGAUAUGUCACUGGGUAUGCAGCCUGGCUCGUAGUUUGGAUGACUUGGAACGUUUUCAUCAUCUGCUUUUACCUGGAGGUUGGAGACCUGUCCAGAGACUCUGACCUUGUCUUGACAUUUAACCUGUCCAUGCACCGCUCCUGGUGGAUGGAGAAUGGCCCAGGAUGCAGGGUGACGCCCAUCACCCCUCCUCCCUCCUGGGCACCCGAGGACCACCGAUAUAUAUCUAUAUCUGGCUGUCUGAUGGAUUUUCAGUUCAUAGAGGUGGCUCAUUCCUCACUGCAGAUACUCCUGGCUUUGGUGGGGUUUAUCUACGCCUGUUACGUGGUCAAGCUUAUUUCUGAAGAGGAGGAUAGCUUUGAUUUUAUAGGAGGAUUCGACUCGUAUGGCUACCAGGGGCCUCAGAAGACCUCCCAUCUUCAACUACAACCCAUGUACAUGUCAAAAUAAACCCAGAAGCUACUCCAAGAGUGCUGCCUUACCAACGAUUCCUGCUUAAAAUCCUGUUUUUAUUACUCCCAACUGUCUUUUAAUAAACAACAGAGACACAGGCAAGUAGACAGGGAACAGAUGACUUUCUGCGAUUCAGCUCACAAAUCUCCCCCAAACACUUGGUCAGAUGGCUUCCCACUAGCCUGUCUCUCUGUCUGUCUGCCGGUUUCAGUGGAGUUCCUGAUGAAACAUUGGCCUCAUGUGGCUCAGUAACGUAACUGCAGGACAUUUGUGAUUCCUUCCUCAGACCUGGUCAGUAGCCAGUGACUUGCUUCUCCCUUGUGCUGCUGGGCGUCUGCUUUUCGAGGGAAACCGAAGGGAUGCAAAGAGGCCACGACUCGCCGGUCACGUGUUCCCACAAGCUUCCAAUGAGAACUCGUUCAAUUUUCCGCUGUCAAAAAAAACAAAAAACCCAUGUUUCAGGAGCGCUGGUUAAGUGUGUUGGUAUCUAACAGCUCUUGCGCCUCACCAAAGAGUUCAAAAACCAUCCCUGUGCACACGACAGAGCCUGUUUAACCGUCUCUGGAACUUUUUGCUCUUUGUGCCUGACUGAUUAACACUCGGAAAAGUCCAGCGAAGAAUCUCUGAACAUGACUACCGAUUAAGGAAUGUUAAACACCUUUUUAUUUUAUUUUAUUUGUUUAUUUGUUUUUUGGUGAAUUUCAGGAUCUGGUUUUCUAACGGUGAUGGCCAAGACGGCAGGAGUACACGUUUUACUCUGGCAAAAAAAUGUUGAAUGUUAUCCAACAGCGUUGAUUUUACACACCGUCCUCUCAUCUGUGCAUGCGUACAGGAAGCAGACGCAUUCACAGACAGGCGUUAAGUAAUGUACAUGUGAACGCAUGCAUGCACACACACACACAAGCUUAUAUCUUAGCACUUCACUUUUUUUUACUGCUAAUGUGAAUCUUAAUGUUUACAAUUGAAAGACUGAACACUUGACUGACUGACGCAGCAGGUAGAGAUGACCCACACUUCUUAGCUGCAGCAUCCCAAAGGUCGGGGUGUUUUCAGCCAUACAAGGAAAAAAAAAAAACAGCUGUGUCUCUUGCUGUAUAAAUAUUUCGUCUUCCACCCAAGACACAUACAGAGAGGGUAACAAAGACAGAAAUUGUCACAGGAGAGCGACAGGUUCCCAUCCGUCUCAGUCCUUGUGUAGACUACCCCAUAUCUGUCACGAACAAGCGAUUCUCUUUUUCUUAAUUAGACUCUUUUUUUUUUAAAGAAAGAAUGGCAAAUCACCCUUUUUUGCAAUAUCCAGCUCUUUUUAAUAAGAAUUCAAAAGCAGCCAAAAUCUUCUACAGGCAACACUUUAUAGAAAUGACAAUCACAGUCAGAGCAGCCUGUCGUGUCGUGAUUUGGCAUUUUUCUGUCAGUUCAGGGAGCUGGAUGUUAGAGAAGGAAACCUUCCCGAAAGAUGGUGGUGACCAUCACUGGAGAACAGGGAAGCCUUUAAAUGAUAUUCUUUGACACAUUAUUUGAUGUUUCGCCUUUGUGGUGAAUGAUAAAAGAUUGAAAGAAACAAAUGGGAAAAGCAAGGUUUGCCGUAUCCUUGCACACCCUCGCCAGCAGCCUAAUGAGGACAAUAAAACCAGAGAAAGACAUUUAGCAGUUCUCCUCUUUCACUUCAUUACUCCACUUUUAAUGCUGAAAGUGCCAACUGUACCAUCACAUAGACCUCUGUAGACCUUGGUUUCAGAGAGCCGCAGACUGGGACCAAUAAUAGUAGGUCUCAAGUUUACUUUGCAGGGUUUCCAUGAAAGAAAACUGAUAAAAGAUAUCACAAAUUAAAAUUAUAUUGGCAUUCCAGAUAGCCAGCAAGUUUUUUUGUCUCAUGUUUUAUUUUUAUUCAACUGAUUCCUUCUGGAAAUGUGACUGAUGUUGCAUUUGUAUUGUAAUCACUGGACCAAAUGUUUUGAGGCCUUCUUCUUUUACUGAGAAACUGUCUUUUUUUCUGGUGGGAAAAACACUGGCUUCUCACAAAAUAAGGAUGGACAAGGUCAGACUGUUUUCCUCAACAAAAUUCGUCUCAAAAUCCACCUUCCGCACCCCCUCGGCCAGUAUCUUCAGCAGUAUAUCUGUUUUGUAAUGAAACUCCAGAGGUUCCGAAUCGCUGCCCUGUGGGGCUCCGCCGACGGUCGCUCCGGAGGACAGAAACAGCAUUUUGUGUGUUUGCAUGAGGUGUUUCCCAAACUGUUGCAUAUUUAAUCUCAUGCUGCGUGUGACUAACUAGCUACUUAAAAAUGGGAACUGUUUGGUUGUUGAAUGCUCCUCAAAAGCUCCUCCAAGAGUCCUAAAUGUGAACUUUGUGGGUUUUUUUCUAUAAAUAACACAGUCUGAAAUGUCUGCUGAGUAAAGGGAGAAAAAUAGCUACUACGAUGUAAAACUAUGAAAUGUAACUUUGACCUUCUAGACGUUUUUUAUUCACAUGUGGCUGUGUUUACUGUUUUUUCUAGUUGACUAAUACUGUAUGAUGUUGUGUAUAAGUGGGACUACUAUGUUUUACUUCUUCUAACUGUAUAGUAUAUUUGAAAUCAGAGAGCGAAAGAGAGGACAAGGCGUGAGAGAGUAUUAGUUGCACUAUAGGCUGUAAUUGUUUAAUUAACUGGUCUGUUAGACCUCAAAAUUCACUUUCACUUCAACACAUAAUUAAAUUAACUAAUAUUCAUUUAUAUUUGAACUGUCGACCAAACACGUGCACAUGUGGCUUUCUGACAGAUUGGUUUGUUUUGCACAGUUCAAAUCGGGAAACUGUGAAAAUGUUCCAUUAUUGUGAAGCUUAAUUGAAAGAGAUGGUCAGUCGCAGCAUUAUGAAAUGACUUUAUUUGAACUGAAAGUGGAUUUUAUUUGUUAAUAAAUUUGUCUUUGACCACGCUGUGUAAUCAGUAAUCUAGAAAGUCCUAAUUUGGUACAUUUAACAAGCGAGAAAGGAUUUCAGAAAUAUAAUGUGACCCAAGUAUGUGUGUGUGCGCGUCUGUGUGUGUGUGAGACCACAUGUGGGACUGUGUACUGCAGUGCAUUGUUUUCUAUGUCAUGGUGAACUAUGCAGACUUGAACCCAGAACCUAACAAAAAGACAAUAAAAAAAACGCACGCUCUGCUCUAAAGCGCGGCGCCAAUUUAAGCUGAAGGAAGAGCUCGAUAAAGGUGAAAAAAACAGCAAUAACAACAGUAAUAAUACAUUUUUAAAGUAAUAAGGAAGACAACAGCUUCACUGUUUGUUAUUUAUCUUGAGAGCUGUUUGAGCCCAUUUAGACUUUGGAACAGUCAAUAGAGCUUUUGUGUGAUAAAAGAAAAAAAGAAUUUGUAGGAGAAGAACUGAGCCAAGCCAUUAUUGUGUUGAUCAGUGUAAAUAAACAUCCAAUCAAGCCAGUGUAAAACUCUUGACACUGCAAUAAAAAAGCUACAAGAUACUCUGUGUGGUAUGAGAUACCAGAUAGCUGAGUUCUCUUAGAUAAUUGAUUUAGGUGGAAAUCUGUGCUUUAAUUUAAUACAGCAUAAAUUCUGGAGGGAAAUUGGUUUGUUGGAACAGAUAAUCUUGUGUUAGACGAGCGUUUAGAGAAUGCAAUAAGACAUGAUCGUCAUAUAUUUAGCAACUAUUUUCACAGUACAUCUUUACGUAAAUGUGCACUUAAUGAAAGUGAGACGUCCAGUCUUUUCUCUGUGGCUCUGGGUUGAUUUGUUGAAGUUCACCACUGACUAGAAUGUACCAUGUAUGUACGUUAGCGCCUUCUCUUUAUAUGAUGGGUGUCCCACAGGUGACUGACUGUACAUAAACUAGACAGCUGGGAUUAAAGUAGAGUGUGGAG